AAGGUCAUAUUACGAUAGGUCAGGGUGUCCUUCCACACGUGUUUUCUGUAAGCUUCCAGAAGCAGCGGUAACGGGUAGUUAGCCGGUUGUUGGAUUCUGUCAAACUAAUUUAUUUGUCGUUACACGCCUUAAUAUUUUCAUACAGUCAUGCUAAAGUCAGUUGUCCGUGCGGUGGGAGCCGCUGUUCGCCUUUCUUCAGCCACCACGUCCACAGCCAGAGCUCUGCCACUCAGCUGCCCGACACUGCGCUCUCCAAGUUCGGCAACAACUCGGCCCUUCACCCGGUCUCUCUGGAUGCUGAAUAACAACGGAGCCUCGUCAGGAUACAGGCCAAAACUGUUUAGUUCAAAAAUGUUGAAUCCCUCGGUAUCGUGUGGAUGUGGAGGACUGCACACAGAAGGUGACAAAGCUUUUGGCGAUUUCCUGUCUGAUGAAAUCAAAGAGGAGAGGAAGAUCCAGAAAAGCAAAGUCCUUCCUAAGAUGUCUGGAGGAUGGGAACUGGAGAUGAACGGCACCGAGGCUAAACUCACGAGGAAUGUUGCUGGAGAAAAAAUCACGGUCACAUUCAAUGUCAAUAACAGCAUUCCUCCUAACUUUGAGGAAGAGGCAGAACAGGGACAGCAGAAGCCAGCGGAAGAAGAGGCAGACAUUGUGUCAACACCCAACUUUGUUGUUGAUGUAACAAAACAGGGUGCAAAACAUUCCUUGGUGUUUGACUGCCAUUUUCCUGAAGACGAGAUGAGCCAUGGUGAAGGAGAAGAGGAAAGCGACAUCUUUGCCAUUCGUGAGGUCAGUUUCCAACCUGAAGGAGACUCAGAGUGGAAGGAGACCAGCUAUACACUCAACACAGACUCUCUGGACUGGGCUCUGUAUGACCACCUGAUGGACUUCCUGGCUGACCGGGGGAUUGACAACACCUUUGCUGAUGAACUGACUGAGCUGAGCACUGCCGUCGAGCAUCAAGAGUACAUCAAGUUCCUGGAAGACCUCCAAGGCUUCAUCAAAUGUAACUAAUGUUAGAUUUAAGCUAAAUUUCACUUUUCUUCUAUACACAUCCUGGCAAAGUUGGAGGUAUGGCAUUACGAUAAGAUGAAAGCGAAUGUUGCAGCACUGAUCGAUUUGAUUGAUACCUUUGGCACUCUAAAGAGACUGAUGAGUACUUGCUUAAGUGUCUGUGACGUUGAGCCAUGUUGCCAGCUGUUGUCACAUUAGUACAUGGCUGCAAAUGUCUUCUUUUAUUAAAAUGUGACUUUAUUUUUCUGUAACUUAAAUUAUAUAGUUUAAAUCAAAUAAUGAAGGUCAUGACUGCAGAAACCAUCAUCACAAGAAUUGUCUCUUAAUUGUAGAGUUCCUGUUUUAACUGCAGUGGUAUGAUAUGAUCCAGUCAGUAUUUGUGAAUGUCCAGCUAUCCUAAAGCCAAUAAAUGGGGCACCUUGUCAAGAUGUGAACUCGAAACAAAAAUUCCACAAAAUGUAACGGUUUACACAAUCAGUCCUCACUUCAACAAAUGGGACAGUUUCUUUGUUUUUAAAGCUGGAGUCUUACUUCUAGCUGGCUUAGCAAGGGAGUUGAUGUUGACUCCUAGUGGUCGGACUCUGUCAGACUAUAAUAUGUGAAGUCUAUAUUUGAAUGGCAUACAUGUGGAUGUCUACAGAGAUAAUGAAAGAUCAGUGUUCAAUAAAACUGUUUCAUAUUAUAUCA